UAUGCUGAUCUAAAAAAAUUACAAAGUACAGCACUAGUCAAAGACAAUCAGAGUGCCGACAUCCCCCCUGAUUUAUCUCGCCUUUUCAUCUCCCCUGUUCUUCUUCUUACAAGCCUAUACAUACACACCCAUCUAACUAUACUUACAACUCCAAUCCAGACAUGAGUAGCGGUGGAUACGGCGAUGCAAGCCAGAAAAUGGACUAUGUUUUCAAGGUGGUGCUGAUUGGAGACUCCGCUGUGGGCAAGUCACAGCUGCUGGCUCGUUACGCACGCAAUGAUUUUAGCUUGGAUUCGAAAUCAACUAUUGGGGUCGAGUUUCAAGCGAGGACUCUUCUUAUUCAGGGCAAAUCUGUUAAGGCUCAGAUCUGGGACACUGCUGGUCAAGAGAGGUACAGAGCGGUAACGAGUGCAUAUUACAGAGGAGCUGUAGGAGCAAUGUUGGUUUACGAUAUAAGCAGACGCCAGACCUUUGAUCAUAUACCCCGAUGGCUCGAAGAGUUGCGUGGUCACGCUGACAAGAACAUUGUCAUUAUUCUUAUUGGAAACAAAAGUGAUCUUGAAGAGCAGCGUGCUGUACCAACUGAGGAUGCCAAAGAAUUUGCUGAAAAAGAAGGAUUGUUCUUUUUAGAGACCUCUGCGCUUGAAGCAAGAAAUGUGGAGGAUGCUUUCUUGACUGUUUUGACCGAGAUUUUCAACAUUGUGAAUAAGAACAAUCUUGUUGCUGAUGAGGACCAAAGUAACGGCAACGCUCCACCCCCAGCUGGCAAACAAAUUCUUGUUCCUGGCCCCGGUCAGAUAAUCCCACCUAAGAGAAGUAUGUGUUGCUAUUCUUAAUAUGUUUGCAGUUGAGGGUGAUAUCUGUUUGGAAGAUAACUCUCGUUAAACCUAUGUCUUCGGCUAGCAAAACCAUAUAGGAGGAGAUUUUUGACAUGUUUUGAAGUGAAAUUAUGGGAAAAUACAACAGCCAUGUGCGUGACCAUGUUUUUUCUUCCUUAUAAUUCUUCCUUGUCAUAUACUAUUAGUUAUUGUGAACAUCUGUUUGUCAGUCUCUCUUUAUUAUGAUGUAUAUUAGUUAAUAAUGAUAUUAUUGCAGAAUUUCGUAUA